CGUGAGCAAGACGCUAAUAAGUCAGUCUUAUUAUUUUUUAUCCAGUUUGAAAUAUUUACCUCGUAUAAAAUACAUCUUUUAUUCUUUAUUCAAGGAUAAAAUGGUCUCGAUGCGCUAGAAGCACUUUGCUGCUUCUCGUGCUCGUUUAUUGUUAGUUAGCUUAGCUCGCUAGUUAGCUUAGCUUGUUAGCUGCUAACAGAAGUUAUCAACACAUCGCUAAGUAGAGAUCAAGUGUGAGAGUAAAGUGUUGUGAUUGUGUGAAAAUGUCUACAUUACACAUGUUGAGAGCGUUGGUGGAUCAGCGACUAACUGCUGCCGUUGAAGAAAUAUUUGUAGUGUUAGAAAGAACGAUAGCAGAAUACGAGGCGGAACUUUCUAGAACAAAAGAGGAGAACUAUCAACUACUGGACGCUGUUUUCAAGAAACAUCAAGUUGUGUUACACAGAACAGAUGUCGUAGAAGAACAUCUUCCUCGUGAGCAGGAAGAAGAGCCACAGCCCCACCACAUUAAAGAGGAAGAAGAUGUACCACAUUCCCAUCACAUUAAAGAGGGAGGGGAGGAGCCACAACCCCCCCAUAUUACAGAGGAAGACGAGACGCCACAGACCCAUAGUGUUAAACUGUCCCUUCACAUUAAAGGGCAAGCGGAGGACCCACUGGUCUUACACAGCAAAAAUGAAAAGGAGGACCCACUGAGCCCUCACAUUAAGGAGGAAGAGGAGGAACACAGCAUCAGUCAGCAUGUUGAAGGAGUGGAGGAGGUUGAUGUCACCAAGAUGCCAGUGACUGGUGUCCCUGUGAAGAGUGAAGAUGAUGAGGUCAAAGGUGAGAGUGAGGAGAAGAGAAGCAGCAGCUCAACACAACACAUGACAACAGAAGCUGAUGGAGACCACUGUGGAGGAUCACAAGCAGACAAGAUCUUAGCUCCACUAUCAGAUAGUGAGGACACAACGUCACACUCUCCUGACACUGAUGAUGAACACUCUAAACAUGAUGCAACAUGUCACACUGACAACACUCACUUCACAUGUUCUCACUGUCACAACACUUUUAAAUAUCCUAGUUAUUUGAAAAGACACAUGAGAACACACACUGGAGAAAAACCUUUUUCCUGCUCAGAAUGUGGUAAAAGUUUUGUAAUAAAUGGAAAUUUAAAAGUUCACAUGAGAACACACACUGGAGAAAAACCUUUUCUUGUUCAAUCUGUGGUAAAGGUUUUGUAGAAAGUCAGUAUUUGAAAAAACACUUGAGAACACACACUGGUGAAAAACCUUUUAUCUGUUCACUCUGUGGUAAAGGUUUUGUACAAAGUCACAGUUUGAAAGUACACAUGAGAACACACACUGGUGAAAAACCUUUCACAUGUUCAAUCUGCAACAGACGCUUUUGUGACCAAUCAAACCUUGUAGCACACAUGAGAAGACACCCAGGAGAGAAAGUGUUGAGUUGCAGUGUGUGUGGUGAAAGAUUGUCUUCUAAGUACCAGUGUAAGAAACACAAGUGUGCUGGUGAGAACAGCAGCAGCAAAUGAAGAUGCAGGAUUUGAAAUAAACUUUAACUUUGACUUUCUAACAACAUCAGCACAUAUAACAUGUGCGACAUUGUUGUAACUAUCUCUUUAAUAUGCUUCUAUAUUUAUCAAUUAGAUAUUUUAUAUUAGUGCUUUUUUCAGUCGAGUACAUGCAUUAAUAUGCAAUCAAAGUUUGGAGUGUCAGGCAAAAGCCAAUAUUGUACAUCAUCCCACAGAGAUUCACUUUGCAUACAUUCAUAAAAUAAACUGUUUAUUUUGUUUUCCUAUCACAGAACAAACAAGUGUUGUCUUCAAUUGCAAAACAACAUCCUAAAAAUUAUUUUAAGUGGUCAAUUCUGUCUUUUUUUUCUUAAAUGAACUUUCAAGAUAUGAGUAUUUUUUUGUUCCAGAGAAAGUACAGUAAAGAAUAAAUAGUAAAUAAUUAAAAAGAUGAUAUACUAUAAUUAGAAU